AUGUACGCGUUCGAUGGAUGGGAUCAUCGUGAUCUCGCCUUGCGGCGCUUCGGACGUGACUCAGAGAGCAGCAUCGCAACUCAAAUCCACUCGCUGCUGUGGCUUGCCUCGCAUGAGGAACCCAGAGACGGUGUGAUCAAGAAUUGCAUUUCCGAUGCACCAGGACCGUGCGUGCGCACCCGUUCUGCCCUCCAACGACGUGAUAAAUCUUUGCCUGCAACGCCGGAGCAACGCCUGCGUGCAUACUGGAAGGCCAUCUCCGAGCUGUUAGGGAUGGCAUGUGUCGGAUCUAAAAUCCCGGCGCUCGAUGUACUCGACAAGGAGUGCAAAUACAACGAUGCCCAGGGAACCGUCAUAAUCAACCACGACAAACUUCAUCAUGCCUUCGAUUCGCUGACAUCCUUCAACAACACCCAGAUUUCGCUCAUAUUCGAACUACUCAAGUCCGGGCUCGAUAAGCUCCUCCGUAAUUCGAUGAGCGACAUUGAUGUUUGGUUCGGCCUCUAUGUCAACUCACUGGCAAUGAUGACCUUCAUUGCAAAUAUGAACCGUAGUUUCGGUGCCCCACGCAUCGUCUUCCUUCUGAAAACCCUCGCAAACUCCAACCAGUCCUCACUGACAAGCCGCGCGAAUGAGAAGAUUUUUGCCUUCAUUCGCGCACUUGGGAGUCACAUGCUGCACAUCUGGCUGAAGCGGGAAGAAAUGGCUGACAUGCUUGAGCUUGCAUGUUUAUGCUAUGACAGUGACGCGUUUCGGACGGAUCCAUUGCAUCGUCUCCGAUUCUGGGCGGCGGUGUCGGUGAUCACCAACGCACGUGCACGCCGAAGCGACUCCCAACGCUGGAGCACGGCUAUGAGUGUGUUUGGUGACCGUUUGGUAGAGGCGCUCUCGCUAUGGACAGAGCCUGGCAACGGACAGCCUAUUGCUGCAGGAGACUUGAGGGUGGACUGGAAGCAUAUAGUCUGGUUCCUGGGACACCAUUCCGGCGCCGCCCCCGAUUGUUCGAUAAAGGUCGCAAAGUUUAUUUUGGAAGCUCGUCUGCGCGGGUCCUUCUCGGACGAAAUGGUAAUGGAGGCAUUCAUCAACGAGAGUCAUUGGUGGGGUACACGCUGGGACAAUGCAAAUGAUGUUUACGAAUACUUUGGGUUUAACCCAACAUCGGGCAGCGGAGGGGCCGUCGGUCCUUCGUCGGAUGCGCGCCCAGGCGCCCUGUCAGUGCUACCACAUCCACAUUCCGUUCGCGACACGGAGUCAACGUCACAUCUCGGUCCAGAACCCAACAAAGAAACCGUCUCCGAUGACGAUGGUCACGAUGGCACGCGAUCUGAUCAUAGGGCUGCCGCGUCUAACGCACUCUCGACUUCCGAGACCCUGCAGGCGCAGCGGACCGACUCUCACUCGAACGGGGAGCCCGGAGGUGGACAGAAGAGCAUCGUCGAUGACGACUCGCUUCCUCGUGGCGGACAGAUUCACCUCGAAAGCCCGAAUAUCAGUGCCCGGGGUAGCACUUCGUCGACUGUUGCAGGAGAAACUAGUGCGGGGAUGGAGCACGGCGUCGGGCCGCCAUCGCCUAAUACCUCGGACGCGCCGAACACGUCGAAUCGAACUUCACACUACGACGGAGUCCCAUCGCCGAACCAAAACCAACCGGUGUCUCGCCUCGAAAGCCAGGACAGUGGUGGAGGGCGGGCGGGCGUCACGGACGGCGUUCCCAUACAGGCAGGCGUCGAGCGCGAUCGCGCUGACAGCACUGGGGUAGGGGACGUAGACGACACCGAGUCGUCGCCGGGGGCGGAGGAUGGGUCGUCAGGCUUCUCGGGACGGGACACCGGUGGACGUGUGAUGGGGGAAUCCGAGGUAUGA